UUGAAUGGUUGUGUAGAAUAUAAAAUGAAGUCAAGUGACAGAAACCCUUGUAAUAGUGCGGACGAAACUCAAGCAAAGAGAAAAAGAGGCGAGAAUAGUACUUCUCCAAUCAAUCAAUAUAUUUUAGAUGAUAAAAUAAAGACUGAUCUUUCACGUGCUUUCAGGAACGAUAAGGACUUCAUUCAUGAUGCUGGCAUUUCCUUGCAUGUGUACCCAUUUAAACAUUGUGUCAUCAAACAUUUUGUUGAGGAUCAGGUUUAUUUGAAAGACCUCAAGGAAGAACUUUUGGGUUUACAAUUUAAAAAGAAAUCUAAUGAUUUAUACAAGUUUCAUCAGAGCAACGACCUAAAUACAUCAAGGAAUAAAAGUAUAUCAAAGUUAAGAAACCUAUUGUACAAAGAUUGUCUUGACUGGAUGAAAAUUAUCACCAACAUUCCCUUGGAUAAAAACGCCAUAGAUAUGUCCUGUGCUAAAUAUUCUAACACUGAUGUUCUCCUCUGUCAUGAUGAUGAACUUGAAGGUAGACGUAUCGCCUACAUAUUUUAUCUUGUCCCACCUUGGACAAAGAAUGAUGGAGGCUCACUGGAUUUAUAUACCACUGAUGAAUUAGGCCAACCAGAUAAGAUUGUCAAAUCGUUGAUUCCAGAGUGGAAUAGUUUAGUUUUCUUUGAAGUUACUCCAGUUUCAUUUCAUCAGGUAUCAGAGGUGAUUUCGGAUAAAACAAGAUUAUCCAUCAGUGGGUGGUUUCAUGGUCCUCCAAUUGAUCGUCCGUCUCCCAAUAAAGAAUUACCACAAACCAAACAACGUCCAAUUCCUUUGAGGGAUGAAAUCCUAAUUUCUUGGGUUAACCCGAUGUAUUUGCAACCGGAUAUUGUCGAUGAUAUUAGAGAAAGUUUUGAGGAAAACUCGGAAAUUGAAUUGAAAGAUUUUUUAUUGGAAGAAAAGUACGACGCCUUGCUGGAGGAAUUGAAACAUGAGAAUACCAAAUGGACAAGAAUUGGACCCGAUAAUAAAAGGAAAUACGAGAAAGCUGACGAAAGCAGUCUGACGAGCCAUGUUCGAGAAUGCUUAGAACUUUUUAAAUCUGAGCCAAUGUUUAAGCUUCUUACUACGUUUACUGGUCUCAAGUUGUCAGAUGUCGAUAUUAAUUCGAGUGAGAAUAGCGAGAAAAACGAAAACGAAGGCAAACCAAAUGAUUCAAUAACAACGACAGAAACUUUAGCUGAAGACAAGGAUAAACUGAUAAAUGAAAAAAGUUACAGAUGUCAUGGAAAAGUGUGCCGCUGGUCACAUGGAUGUUAUACUCUCAUUCACGACAAUGAUCCAGAAGCUUCCGAAAUGGCUCUGGACUGUUUGUUUUUUGUUGGAUGUUGCGAUUGGCAAGGAGAUUUUGGAGGUUACACAAGUUAUCUAGCCCGUGACGAAGAUGAAGAGUUGCUCACGAUCAAUCCAUGUUCAAAUUCUAUGGCACUUGUCUAUCGUGACCCGGAUACACUUAAGUUUGUCAAACAUAUCAAUAACCAUUGCAAAAAUAGUGAAAACGAUGCUGGGUCAUCAUCGUCAAGCAAGAACAUUUCAGAACAAUUCUAUAAUAUUAUGUGUACGUAUUUCGAGUAAAAAAAUCUUGAUGGUGAUUCAGACGUGCAUGACUGGGUUGACUGGCCGUCGAUGUGACGCGUGGCUCGUCAUAGGGCUAAUAUACGAACGUGAGCUUUUGCAUUACUGUGAUGUUUUAUGAAUUAGCAGAGACCAGCUGCAUGCGUACUAUGAUGAAUCACCAUUUUGUUUGCUCUUUAUGUCCUGAUGAAUUUCUUUGUUCUGCGUUUGUUGUUUUAUGUUGUGUCACCCGCUUUACUCAGUUUGGAAAACACGCUAGUUCAAUAAACUUCAGACGCGUUUUUUUACCACAAAAAAGUUGUAAGUAUGUACAUUAUUUUAAUGAAUAAUCAUAGGCCUUUUUUGUGGAAAAGCAUGCGGAAGAACAGUUUAAGCAAAAAUCGCGUUAAAAAAUUCCCCGAGUUUCCACUAAUAAUUUCAACGAAAAUUGCCCGAAUAUUGGUAGGAUUUGAUAAAAAUUUGCCCAACUUUGAUUCAGAUUUUUUCAUGAUUCAAUCGAGUAUAAUUUGAUUUAUAGUUAUCAAUCGUACGUAAACGUUGCAGAUGUAUGGCACAUGCAUGACUGGAAGUGACAAGAAAAUUAAAUCUCCACAGUCCAUACGUGGACGUGACGUCGUUUUAACGUGAAUUUAAAAAAUGUUGCUUCCUGUUUCGUGUUGCUCCGUCAAAGAACGUCAGUUGACUGAGUUCUUUUUAUAAACAAUUUCCGACUGCAUGCAUUCUGCUAAAAUGAACAUCUCCGUUAUCUCUUCGGAUCAGGGUGAAGGGAUCACAAAUGUUUAGGCCUUACUCAUACUGGCAAUAAUUAUAUAUCAUUUUCGUCCUGAGGGCUGUCAAUAGUUGAUAUAGUUCACUAUGCAUGAUGAAUAUGCAGGAAGCCUCAGUUCCUCCAGUACUAGUAUAGGUUCAGUUGCGCACCUGUAAUCACAACACAUGCAAAAGUGUAUUCUUUGCAAAAAAUUUUAUUGCGUCAAGGUUUGCUUCGUCAGUUGCUCAUGAGAGAAAGCUUUUGAAUUUUAUCAUUUUACCGUUCCAACGCGAUACAGGAUUUAAUGACAUCAAAAUAAUAGAUUGCAGCUGCAGAUACGUUCAUAGCGAGUGGAAAAAUCCUUCAUAGUAUACAUUACUAAUAUAAGAAAUCAAAAAGCGCGUCAUUAAGUGACUGUCCGGUAAUUUAAGAGUUGGCGUCACGCCGGAUAUU